AGCAUCAUAACAACAUGGAAGACUUAACUUCAACUUGAUUGCUCUUUUCUAAGGAAGUACAGGUCAAUAUUUCAGAGGCCUACAUGUACGUAUCAAAUGGGUCUAUCUUUAGAUCAGCGUGUAUGCUUGUGCUUGGUCGAUACCCUACACGAUAUCGGAUCGCGGUGGACUCGAUUUGAAUAUUCAAGCUACAGGAGAUUUGAUGACAGUGGGCGCAUUUCUUAUCUAGAGAUCAGAUCUGAUUAUUUGAUGAGCGAUUUGUUAACAUACAAAAUACUGGACUCAGAGUAGCGAAAAGAGUAAAAUGAAGGAUUUAGACACCACUUGAACAUUGGUCAUUUUUCUGGCCAUGUCCUCUUCAUCUAGUUCAAGUAGUUCUGGAAUUUUUCAAACAGAAAACCGUGCUGCAACUCAAAUCUCGCGCUUGAAACAGGAAUACGACCGGCGGCUUUUGCAUUACGAAAGGGAGUUUGACGUUUCUGUAUCUAGGAUGGUGAACCGUGAAAGGGGACUAAAGGAGUCUAUGCUGGCUUAUACAGAACGCAUGCGCAAAAUUGCAAACGCAAAAACUGGAGUGGAUGGGAUUUUGUCACAUGAGUCAGUACCGUUAUACGUUAGAGCUAAACACAUUCCAAAGUUUCCUUCAACAAAAAAUAGAAGGAGACCAGCGUCGUUUGAUGAACUCGUAGGCAAGAAUGCUAAUUCGAAGUCAACUAAACCUCGAAGAGACAAGCCAAAAUCAGCUUCCAGACUUUCUCUCCCGUCCCUACCCGAUCGGUAUAAUAAAAACCCUCAUCAUGUGAAAAUUAGUUUUGUGAGCGCGUCGGAUUUGUAUGAUAUAGUGGAUUUCAGUAUUAGAAAUAAGGGCAAUAAAGAGGACACGUUGAGAUACUUAGAAAUGGAAAAUGUUCAGAAUCAGAGUCCUUCACCUUCAGACCGUCCUUCAGCUGGUGCAGGGAACAGAAAGACGUCUAGAAACAACAGAGCUACAAGCACUAAUGAAUCGCCUUCCCCUAAAGGCCAGACAGAGUUUAGUGGUUUAGUAACUUUACCACCAAUAGAGAGUUCUGAACAAGAAAAAGAACAGGAAUCCGAAAAUUCUGAUACUAAUAAUGAUAGUCUGGACUUUAACAAAGCAAAUGUAGAAGCUUUCAAGAAAAGACCAAGCCGAGCCAAACGGAUGCAGAUAAACAAGCCCGGUCUCGAUGAUAUUCCAGAAAAUGACGUGGCAUCACAAAAGAAAUUGGCAAAGAGUGAGCGAACACUACCUUCCCCGCCCCCGAAACAAUCCCCAAGAAACAUUAUCAAUAUGCAAUCUCAGCUCGUGGCUAUUCCUGAGCACGAAUCUUCUAGUGAUGAACUAUUAACCUUCGACAAGAAAAGGUUUCGAAAAUUACGUCGGGAGAAUGGACAAAAUGCGACGCCAUUAGUUCGACUGGAACCAUUUUCUCAUUCUGAAAGAAACAGUGUGAAAGAACAGGAUGACACUGAUCAACAUUUGAAAAUGAAAUUAAAAGCACAAAAACGAUUUAAGAAGUUGAUUUUUCUCCGUGAUGUACCGGACAGACAUCAUCGAUUUUAAUGUUUGUUGGUUUAUGUCAACUUCCUAUUACCUCACUUUGUUAAAUCAUUAAAAUGCUCUAAUGUCGUU